UCAUGUGGUUGUGAAGAUCGAAGACGCAAAAAUGACCCGCACCGCCCAUCCGAUCUAUGCCAUGCACGGACUUACCUCGGACCUAAGCCAACGCGUCAUCCAUGCACGAGGGCGGAGGGAAGCCUGACCACUGCAGUCUAAACACGGUUCUAUUAUUACUUCUUUCAUGUCAACUUACCACAAAACACCAGGGGGUAAUCGCUCAAUAUGGCGCCUGAUAGACAAGCCUUGAUGCAGCACCACUUUAAACCACUAUAUGCCAUUCCGAAAGCCUCUUUUCUCUAUCCUAUAAAGGGCCUGUGGUACUUUGUCACUCACCCUUUUCUAUAUCCCCUGUUACGGGCCAGACUACUUCCAGCCGUCCUCCUUUCUGUAUUUGUGCUCUUCAUUCUCUUCUUCUUCACCUACCUGCCGCAGGUAGCCUUCCUAGCCAUCUUCCACCGCCAAGGUGCGUGGGUGAACGGUACAUUCCUUGUGCUAGGUGAAGGCGCUGUUGUCGUCGCUCUUCUUUUCGAAGCCUUCUUUGUAGACGAGACACAAGUCGACAUCUUCGACGCUGUUCUCGUCGAGAAGGGUUAUGGAGCACUUGUUUCAUCAAGACGUCCUGUGAAUGAAGAAGGCGACAAUCCCGUCAAGCGCCUCGGAAAGCCCACGAGAUCAUCAAUCUAUGCACCAUUCUCUCUACGCCAGAUAGUGGAGCUUGUCCUGCUACUACCACUGAAUUUCAUCCCGGUCGUUGGUGUGCCUCUAUUUCUUGUCCUGACUGGCUAUCGUGGCGGUCCGUUCCAUCACUGGCGCUACUUCAAACUGCAUGACUGGACCAAGAGUCGAAGGCAGGAGUGGGUGAGAAAGCGUAAAUGGUCGUACACUUGGUUUGGCACAGUUGCUCUAGUACUGCAGCUUGUGCCUGUGCUAAGCAUGUUUUUCCUCAUGACGACCGCAGCAGGUGCAGCAUUGUGGGCUAUCGAGCUCGAGGAGAGACGACUUCUACUUGAAGACGUCCCAACGACGGGUCCGGAAUUCUCCGAUGAUCCGGCGUGAGCAUUCAUCAACGUUAAAUUGGCCGUACAUGGUGCUGAGGACGAUUAUGGCUAUGAGUCCAACGCACAGAGAUAUGAUUGUGUUGUGCUGGCUGACACUCAAAUGUCGCGUCAGCCGCAAGCAAGCCUUGCCUAAGGCUGCAGUGCAUAACUUCUGCACCAGCUAAACAAUAGUUGAUCGCUUAUUCUUCCGGUCCAUUUUCGACGCAUCUACCACAUGUGGACGUUGA